AUGGUGAUCAACUCCGGAGGAACUGCUAGCACUGGUUCAGCGUCAGCUACGACUUCGAGUUCAAUCCCUGAGAAGGCUCCAGUAUUAUCCAGCGCGAGCGUUUCGAGCAGCACAAUGAAUCUUUAUUCCAAACCGCCGUUUCUCACACUGCAACACGUUGCGUCUGCGCCAUCUGUCAACCAUUUGCAGAAUCGCGCCGUUUUGCCAUCUGCGAGAGAUUUUGUUGACCUCACUACGUCGAAAGAGUACCAUAUUGACGGACUUCAAGAAUGCUUCGAUAUUAGAGAUGUCAAGAGUCGGUCUGAAGAUUCCGCAAACGAUGACAACACUAUGCUGAUAUUUGAUUUAACGACUAGUGGGUGUUUGCUCUCGUCCAGCGAUUCGAACACGACCGUUAGAAGUACUCACGCCGAUAAUGGAGAAGCUUUAAGCAAGGAUAUUUAUCGUGUGCAUUUGUCGUUGCCCAGCACUUUGGUCAAAAGACCAAAGUAUCAUUUCGAGAAGUUGCUUCAAUCAGUUAUAGAUGACUCAAAAAGAUUGAAGCUGAUGAGUCUGAUCGAUAAUUGCAGUACGUUUCUAUUCUACGAUGGUUGUAGUAGGAUGAACCACUGUUUGGUCUCGACCUACUGGUUGGUCAAGAAGUUCAAUUAUUUCUUGUACAAUGAAUUGUGCAAGAAAAACGUCAAACUGUACAUUUUGGAGAAAAUGGAGAGAAGUGGUUGUGAUUUUGAAAAUGCUUCCUUGAAGGAUACUGUUGAUGUCCCGCCAAACAGCACCGAAGCGAAUGCUGAAUACCGGAAAUCGCAGGGCCAGGGUGGGCAAAAGAAACUCAAUCUCACGAUCAAAAUGUUACCUAAGGCAACUGAUAAAAUGUUCAUACAAUCGAUCAAGAAGGAUACUAUUCAUUAUUCACCGACCUCGCUGAGGAAGUUUUUCAGUCUUCACAUACCUGAUGAGCUGGAGGACAAUGAUCCUCUAUUGCCAAAGUGGCUGAGGCCGUUCUCAAAGAGAGAAGCAGGCGAUAAAAUUCUACAAAAGCUGCUUGAAAAUUUCGAAUUCCUGGAAAGUUUGGAAUUGAAACGACUUGAAAGAGGUCUGACAACUAAUGAUAAUACUCAAGGGGCGCGUAAGAUUCAAGAUUCCAACUCGUAUCACAAGAUUUACUCGCUUGCUAACCUGCAGAAAGAGUUUAGAGGAAAGACUAGCACAAGCAGCAUCAAGUCAAAAUCGUCAUCGCCUUGUCUGUCAGAAGCAAGUCUGAAGAUAACUAUACCAAAUCCGCAGGUGACUUUAGGCAAUGGAGGUAUGAAACCGGGUGAAAUAAUCACAAGCUCCUCUUCACCAAAUUCUUCCGUAUCUUCUCAUUUAGAUUCCGAUGGUGAAUCAUUGCUCACACCGAUGGGAAACUACGCCAUGUCUCACGGAAUUCAAUCAUUUUCGAAGAAUAGAUAUUCAAAUAUUCUGCCAUAUGAGCAUUCAAGAGUUAAAUUGCAACCCUCCCCAAUUCAUGGACCACCUAACUCUCUUGAUUCCUCGCCUGCACUUGGUCAAGCGGAUAGUACAACUGAUACACCAUCUGAAAAUGCAUUGCAAAGAAAAAGGAGAAAUUCUAACUCUUCUUACUUCAAUCAAAAACAUUCCGACGCAUACUGUCUCAGACAUAAUGAGAAUCAAGACACUGUGGGGACUGAUUCCAAAGAAAACUUCAAUGACUAUUUCAACGCUAACUACUUAAAUCUGCCACAGAUAAACUCAGAGCUUAACUAUAUCGCGACGCAGGCACCAUUGCCAUCAACUAUUGACGAUUUUUGGAAAGUAAUUUCGGCUAAUAAGGUUAAAGUUAUAAUUUCGUUGAACUCAAAUGAUGAGUUAUUUUUAAGAAAAUGGGAUAUCUACUGGAACAAUGAUAGAUCCGAACAGAAAUAUCAGAUUGACAUUACUGAAACUUUUGAAAACUGCUGCAAUGUCGACGGAUGUAUUUUGCGAAUAUUCUCCUUCUAUAAGAACAACCGAGGAAAAAGUGACUCUGAAAAAUUGACAGUUUACCAAUUACAAUAUACUAAAUGGUUGGACUCUUGCGGUGUCGUCAUGCAAGAUAUCUUGAGUCUUUACACAAUAAAGAACAUGUUGUUAAACAAACCCUCCAUGAUCUUGUCUGAUUUGCGCGCAGGGAAGGCCAAAGAGGCGACGAUGUAUGCAGAAGAUGCUUGGUCCGAGAAAGCUAGUAAGACCACGGGCAUCCAAAAGCAACCACCCUUAUUAGUUCACUGUUCGGCAGGUUGUGGCAGAACAGGAGUCUACAUAACAUUAGACUUCCUUCUGAAUGUUUUAACGAGUCCGGCCAAAUCUUCAAAUAGGAUAGACGUCUGGAACAUGUCAGAGGAUCUCAUUUUCAUCAUUGUGAAUGAACUAAGGAAACAGAGGAUUUCUAUGGUACAAAACUUGACUCAAUACAUCACUUGCUAUGAGUCACUUCUUCAAUAUUUUGCAUUAGAGAAGCAGAAAGGAACGGGAAAAUCUGAGGUAUAG